UUCCUCCCAUAACCAGCUAAAUAGCUAAUUAAAAUCAUUUUCCGAUGGAGACUUUGUCGCCAAGAAGAGCAAGCAAAAUUAAUAGCUUUUGCAGCAGAAGCCAUAACAAGGGUACCAAGAACCCAUAUUCGACGCGUGGGUUAGACAAGUUCUCUGCACUACUAGCUGAGCUUGAAGAGAAAAAGCAAAAGAUUUAUUCACAGAGGGGUUCAGAAGAUAUAUCUCUUGUUCGUUUCGUCUAUAAAGAUACGGAUGACUUUGUUCCAAUCGUGGUAAAGGUGAAGAAAGAGAAAACCAAGAGUGUCGAUGAUAUCAAAGAGACGUCUGUACAGCAUGAAUCAAAAACCGUGGAUAAGUUUCUAGUAGAUCAAUCAAAAGGUAAAGGCAAGCUCUCAAGAUCCAUAUCAGAUGAUAGGAUUAUCACUAAAAAGAAGAGCUUUUCAUGGAAUGAGAUAAAGUUAAAUGAUUGGAGGCGACCCUCUUAUUACUUGCCGGCAGCUAUCAUCUUGAUUUUGUUGUUUCUAGUAUUUUUUGGGAGAUCAUUUGCAAUACUCUGCACCUCUAUUGGAUGGUACAUGGUACCUACAUUACAGGGAGAGAACUCUUCAAAUGAAAUAAGCCAAGAAAGGAAGAAAAAAUAUGUAAGAGGAAUGAGUGAGAUCAAGACGGUCAGUAAUGAAUUAUCUUCUCCUAAGAGUAGUAAAAACUGUGGGGCUGUCAAAGUUCAAUCUCCAAAGAGUGGUAAUAACUCUCGGGCUGUGAAAGAUCAAUCCCGAGGACUACGUGGAAGUCAUGGUGGAAAUUUCAGUUCAUGAUUCGUGAAUCUGCACUUGAUCCAGAUGUACAUAUCAACUCCAUGAUCCCAUAAUUUUUUAAGGAAAUCAUGCUGAGCUUAAGGGAAAAUAUUGUUCAAUAACCAUCAAACCGGACAUGGCAGAGUACUGGCGCUCCGGUUACCAAAUUCAUAUAGGGCCACGUGGCGUACACUAUACCAGAAAAACGAGAGGAAAGUGAUGGAUCUGUACCAUGAUUGAGAACGGUUGAAAAUGUGAGGAGGUAGGCCUAAUGGCCAAAGGCCCCAUUUCGCCACAAAAUCAUAUCACCAAACAUUUUAAUUAGGGUUUACUGCUCAACUCUCUUCAUGUUCACAACAGAACAGGACCAGAUAUUUUACUUUCAAAUUCUCAAUCAGUGCAGACAUGGCCAUCUUCUAAGAUGUGUUUUCCUGGUAAUGGGGGAUUGCCUGUGUGAACCAUCAGCAUGUAGAAUUGGUUGACCCGAAUUAUCAGGGUCAGAUCAGACCA